AUGGCAACCCGUGACGGCGACGCGUUCCGGACACCGGCGGUGGCGGUGCCAGUGCCAGCUGUGACGGUGCCCCUCUCCCCAGCCAGCAGUGAAAUUGCAGGGACGGAAGCGGCAUCCGCCCAACCGCGGCGGCGCUCUACAGGAAGCAGCGGCCCCUCUGUACCCUCUCAAUGCAAGCCCAAGGCGAAGCUUUCUUCGUCGGUACACACGUUGAAACGCAAGAACCGACCGGGGACAUCAUCAAGCGGACAUGAAGAAAGUCCGGCACCACAAAACCGCCCCUGCCUCUUUCCAGGGUGUGGCGCUCGCCCUAUCUACGGCCUGCCGGGGGCGGCGCACGCCGUGUACUGCUUCUCCCACAAGAAGGGCUCGAUGGUCAACCUUUUCAGCCGAGCGCCAGCUGUGAACAACCACGAAGAGAAAAUGGUCACCCCCGCGGCACCUACCGAGGGCAAGAGGAAGAAGCAGAAGAAGGAGCAGGAGGAGCGGAAAAUGACCGGCAUGACCGCCGACCAAAGGGGAGCGAAAAAGGCUCGCCGCGAAUCAAGCAUCAAGGAGGACAACAAAGGCGCCACAAGCAAGGAUGACGGCGGCCACCGAGGUGCCAAGAAGAAUCGUGGCAACGAGACGAAAGUGAACAGAGGCACGGGCGCCUCGGAGGGGAGCGUUGGCGACGUUGCCACCGCUGCCGCCGCAGGUACCUCUGAGAUGAGCACGAAAUUACCAGCAGCAAAACCACUGGUGAAAUUGACCAGCAAAGCGGAAGAACCCGCCGACACUAUGGCACCGCCUCCUCAACCGACCAGCCGGCCGUCGGAGGGAAUGGCUCCCUCUGUUGAGAUGCUCAUUCUGAGGCAGGCGAGGGAGGCGGCCAAAACGGAGGCGGAGGCCAGCGGUGGCGGUCGAAGGGCGCGCGCUCCCUCACGCCGCGCUCUGGAAGCCUCCGGUCAACUGAAGGGCGACGGGGCUCAGUGGAUGACCCGGGAGAAAAAGGCCGAGCAAGCCAGGGUCAACACCGAGCUCCGGGAGAAGAGGAAGAAAUCCCGGGAGGCGGGGCUUAAGGUUGGGGUUGUGCUCGAGGCGUUCGUGUGA